AUGGCAGAGAGAAACCUGACCUAUGUGACUGAGUUUGUUCUCUUGGGAAUCUCAAACCAUCCGGAAUGGCAGAUUCCUCUCUUCCUGGUGGUCCUAAUCAUCUAUCUUAUUACAGCAAUAGGAAAUCUUGGGAUAAUCACGAUUACCAAUAUAGAUUCCCUACUAAAAGCUCCGAUGUAUUUUUUCCUCAGGCAUUUGGCUUUCAUCAAUCUAGGUAAUUCCACCACCAUUGCCCCCAAAAUGUUGGUGAACCUCUUAGCAGAGAAUAAAACCAUUUCCUAUUAUGAAUGUGCUUCACAGACAGGCUGUUUUUCAAUUUCAAUUAUUGCAGAGAUUUUCAUGCUCACUACUAUGGCCUAUGACCAAUACAUGGCUAUCUGGAAGCCAUUGAUUUAUAGGGUGAUUAUCUCGAGAGAAGUGUGUAUCGUAAUGGUUAUUCUUAUAUACACCUAUAGCUUCAUUGAAGGAGUGAUUGUCUCAACUUACACAUUUUCAGUGUCCUACUGUUCCUCAAAUGUAAUCAACCAUUUCUAUUGUGAUCAUUUCCCUCUGCUGGCACUUUCCUGCUCUGAUACCCAUAUACCGGAGACAAUCAUUUUAAUAUUUUCUGGCUGUAAUUUGACUUUCACCCUCACAGUUGUUCUAGUGUCCUAUUCUUUCAUCAUCUUGGCCAUUGUGAGGAUCCGCUCCUCUGAGGGGAGGUGGAAAGCCUUCUCCACUUGCACAUCUCACUUGAUGGCUGUAACAGUUUUCUAUGGGACUCUCUUUUUCAUGUACCUGCUGCCCCAAGGCAGUCACUCCUUGGAUACAGAUAAAAUGGCUUCUGUGGUCUAUACCCUGGUGAUCCCCAUGCUGAAUCCCUUGAUCUACAGCCUGAAGAACAAGGAAGUAAAAGAUGCUUUGAAAAGACUCGACUAA